CAUUUUUGGGUUUAUAGUAAAAAAAAUUGUUAUAAAUAAUUGCCAUUUUAUAAUUCUAAUAUAUAUUUGAAUUAAAUUUAUAUAAAUAAUAAAAUAGUCUAACUGUAAAUUAAAGAAAAAUAAUUAACUUUUAAAAAUAUCUGUGAAGAACAUGACAUCUAAUUCCAAAGGAAGAGUAUUCAGUCAAACAAAGUCAAAUAAACCCUUUAUAAGUUUUCUCAAAGCGAAAGUCUCUGGACGAUCCAGAGGGUUUCUCGCCCUGUUUAGCGGAACGUUCUCUUUAAUAUCGUCACUGACGCUAAAACAACAGAUCGGGGAGAAAAAAAAAAACAAUCUGCAGCGUGAGAGAGCAAUGGAGGAUCUAUGGAAGAGGGCGAAAUCAUUCGCGGAGGAAGCAGCGAAGAAGUCUCAAACCAUAACCUUACAAUCAUCUUCCACCUCCUUCGUCAACCUGGUCUCCGAAACCGCCAAGAAAUCGAAAGAGUUCGCAAUCGAAGCCUCGAAGAAAGCCGAUCAGCUCAACGUCUCCGAGUUCGUGGCCGAGACGGCGAAGAAGUCCAAGGAGUUUGCAGCUGAGGUGUCAACGAAGGCGGAUCAGCUCAAGGUCGUCGCGAUGAAGCAGGCGGAUCAGAUCCAGAAUAUGAAGUCCAUUGCCGACAUUAUUCCUCCUCAGCUUGCUUCGUUCGGGUCCGGAUCGGGAUCUGGAUCUGUGAUCUCGGAGUCGGAGCUGUUGAGUUUUGGGAUCACCGAUGAUCUGAGAGAGUUUGUUAAGGGAUUGACUUCUGAUACGUUCAAGGCUUUCCCUGAACAAGAUGAAUCGUCGGAAGUUUCUGAAUUGGGAACAACGGAGUCAAAUGUAAGGAAGGAUCUCUCGGAGUGGCAGGAGAGACAUGCCACUCUUGUUCUUGGCUCUGUUAAGCAAAUUUCCAAGUUGAGAUAUGAGUUAUGCCCAAGAGUCAUGAAGGAAAGGAGAUUCUGGAGGAUUUACUUUACUUUAGUUAGCACUCACGUUGCACCAUAUGAGAGGAAGUACAUGGAGGAGCUUAGGAACAAAGCAGAGAGUAAAGUUGAAGAAGCUAAGAAGACUCCAGCAGUUGGAGGGACAGAAACAGCUGAAAACAAUGUGACAAAGAGUAGAGCAUCUACUGCAUCGUCUGAGCAGGAUCUGGAUACAUUCCUCUUGGGAGAUCUAGAAGACAGUGACGAAGCUCCUGAUGAUGGUGAUGGUGAUGGUGAUGGAAGCCUAGAUGAUGAUGACUUUGACAAGAUUGGCAACUCCGAUGUUGAAGAAGAGAAAAAGAAAGAGACAAAUGCAGCAAACUAGAAAUAUAUAUUAUAGUUUUGUACAACCCAUGUGAGGGAAGUUACCUUAUGGUAUAUGAUCUUUGUCUCUUCAUCAGUGUAUAGCUUUUGCUUUUAGCGAAUAUGCAAAAGAAGACGCAUUUUAUUCAUUUGAUUCGCUUAUUAUAAAAACCAGACUUUUUGUUUGUUUGUUUGUCGUUGUAAGAAAAGCUUUCAACUUAUAAAUAGACGAAUAUCGAAUCUUUUUCCCGAAA